AUGAUACACCAAAAUCAAAAUCAGUUUCAUGAUCAAAAUAAUUAUAAUAGUAAUGGGAAUAGGGGUGUGAAUUAUAAUAUGAAUCAUAAUAGCUAUAAUAAUAUAAAUGGUUCGAAUAAUAAUUAUAUGAAUAACAAAAUAAACCAUAAUAAUAAUAAUACAAAUUGCCAAAAUAAUUUCCAGCAACCACAACAACAUCAAUAUAAUAACCACCAAUUUAGAAACAAUAGUUAUCAAACAAAACCAACAAAUAAUAUCUUAAAUAAGAAUAAUAAAACUACAAAAGAGAGUUAUCCAAUUUUACUUUUUUUUUCAAGUUUAAUUUUAAUUUGCAAAUUAUUAAGUAUUAUUUAUCCAUGGUCGAAUUCACCUAUAUUUAUAACACGGAGUGAGUUCCAAUCCUUAUUGAUUAUGGUUAUAAUUGUCAAUUUAGUUCUUUUAGUUGCAAUUACGAUACUUGAUCUUGUAACUAUUAUUCAUUCUGGUUAUCAUGAGUUCGAUUAUUAUAACUUUUAUAGUAAAAUUUCGGCAGGCUCCCUUUUCUAUUUUGUUGGUGGCUCCUUAAACAUUCUUUUGUUUAUUUUAACCUUUAUGAAAUUCAAAAUUCAUACUCCACUCAAAGUACUUCAAAACAAAUUAAACAAAAAUAUUAGUUUUUUUAUUUUAUUAGUAUUUUCAAUAAUUAUAUUAAUUCUCAAAAUUUUCAGUUCUAAAGCUAAAUGGGCACAUAUCCCACAAUGGAAUUCCUUUUUUUUGGAACCCAGUCCAAGUGGUGCCACUUUAGCUUUAAUUAUAUUCAGUGCGGUUUUAACAUUUGUGUAUAUUAUUGGUAUAUCAUUAAGUUUCUUUAAAAAAUUAACCAAAUCAUUCCCAAUCACAUCAGUUUUAGCUCUUCUUAUUGGAAGCUUGAUAGUUGAUAUUGCUAUUCUAAUCUCCUCUUUUACACUCGAACUCUAUCAAAGCUAUGGUACAUAUCCAUAUAAACAAAGUAUUUGGUUUACUUUAGCUUGUGUUGAUUUCUAUAAAGGGGAAUGUUCGUUGUAUUCUGGUGCCUUUUCAUUUUUUGUUGGUAUGGGUUUGAACAUUGCUUUAAUCGCUUUAAGUGAAGGUCUUUUUGAAGAUUGUUUCUCAUAUUACAAUAAAUAUAAACCAAUUAAAAUGGACACCAAAAAUGUAGCUGUUAAAGUGCCAUUAUCAGAUUCAGAAAAACAAUACCUACAACAAUUAAAUAUAUAUAUACAACAAUUAAAUAGUUAUAAAGGUAAUAAUAACUAUGACGAACAAAAAAAUAUUUAUCUUCAAGAAACAAUCGAUGGUUUACAAAACUACAUAAAUCAACUAAAAACCCACCAUAAACCAAUAGAUAAUAAUAACAUAAUAGAUAGUGAAGUUUUAACCGAAAACCCUGUUUCUGGUGAUUUAAAAUCACCACUUCUUAUUAAAGAGGCCCAAGAUCCAUUCGUUCCCAGUUAUGACGAAGAUCAAAGUCUAAACUAA